AUGGUCAUCGCCAACCGAACACCACUCAGAUAUCUCGUAGGGAAUUCGACAAUUAUCCAUCAGCUACAAGAUAACUACUGUCGAAUUAGCGAUAGUAACGAAAGCCCGGAUUUGGAAACACCAACCCUAACUACCCUAACCAGUGUGAUCGGCGAUAUAGUUGCAAAACUAGACGCAGUUAUACCGGCGGUUCAGAUCGCAUUGGACUUCAUAAGCCGAGGUGAGGAUUUGUCGGAGCUUGGGAUUGCACCGAUUGCGUCAUCGGGUCCGCAAGACCUUGCCUUGGUUUCGAAUUUGAGAGAUCAACUUCAAGAAUAUCUCUCAGUUGUCUCUGGUUUCCAAAAUACUAUGCUUAUUUCAAAAACAUGGUUCGACGAUAUGCCGGUCAUAGACAAACCCUUUACAACGCUCUCACAGAAUAUAUCGCCAUUUCUUUGUAUUAUAUGGAAGUGCAUCUCCUAUGACGUUCGUGGACAACCUAUUCCGUUUCCGGGAUCCAACCCGGCAGAUAUACUCGCCGCUUCAAACACCGUUGCAGUAACUGUAGACGUAGAUCCGGAGGGCAGAGAAGAAUUCACGAAGACUAUAGAUGGAUUUAGAAGGGUCCUAGAUAUUCAAAUCGAAAUGGAUAAGGCAAUCCUCGAGUGGUUUGCUGUUACCGUCGACAAUCGGAAUUACAAUUUCCAAAGUCUACUUCCUGGGUGGUGGAUUGAUAAUCAUGGUAGUACUAUCGAAUCUGUGAUCUCCAGGAUUGACAAUUGGGUUUACUGUUGGAAAAUUUGGGCCCCUCUUGAUAGCCUAAUCAGAGCUGCCAACUCUAUAAAAUCUUUGAGCAUUUUUCUUCCGAUCAGUGAGGGAUCUACUUUAGUUGCGCGGCCUGGAGAAGGCUGGCCUUGGGAAAAUUAA